GUCAUUGAAUCGGAAAGGUACUAACUCCAGAUGCGUUACGAUACGGUUGUCUCUACGAUUUGUCAGUUGAAAUCCUUCCCACUGCCAACAGCGAGGUCAUUGAAGUCAUAGACGACAAAGCAUGCGCAAGGACCACUCUUUACCUGGGCUCGAGGUUACUCCUGUUGGUGCAUGUUCGACUACUUCCUACUACCCCUCGAUGCAAUAGCAGAAGUAACCGCCACAGGAGACAGAGUUCUGAUGAUCUCAUCGAAGACCUUGAAUAUCAUUUGGGCGGUACCAAGCUCGAUUUCCUACAGGUCCGAAUCAGGUACCAGCACUCCGGCUUUUCGCAGAGUACAGUGCUAUCGCGCAACAUCACGAUGGACGGCAUCGUGAGCCAGAAGACCAUGGUAGAGACCACGGCGGUUGCUGCCAUCACAAGACAAGGUUCAUCAUCACUCUGGUCGCCGCGCGAUGUGCUACAACCCAACCCCUUGUUUGAAAUUAUCGCAAGUCAUUGGGGCGCGGAAACGACUAGUGAUGUAAUCCAUCGCUUACUCAGUUCGCGAUCCUUACCGUCACAGCGAAGGGCGAUAAACCAUCAACAAUCGUCUCUACCUGUCCGCUUGUAUGAUACUAGCGGUACUAGUGGUGCACAUUCCAUCUCUUCUGGCCCACAACCAACUCCGAUCCCAAGAGCUCAAACACCUUCUCGUAUACCGAGACAAAGCCAGAGUGCACUCGCCGUUCGGACAGCAACGAAGCCAACAGCAAGGUUAACUAGGACGAGAACAAUGGAGUCAAAGAGCGACAAUGCUGUCAGACCUCCUGCUCCGCCUACACGCGCAGCACCUCCUAUUCCAAGAAGGCAGAUGAGUCUUAAUAUCAGGGCGCAUACCCCCAGUCUUUCGGGCGCUGAAGAAGGCCGUGGUAGCCAGAAACAGGGCACAUUACUGUCUCACGAGAAAGCCCUCCCGUUUCUUCCGGGUGAAGAGUUAGACUUGUCGGAGAAUGAUUCUGUUCAGAAAGCCGCCGCCCACGCAGCCGGUUAUCCUGGUCGUGGAGCCGACAUCCAUGCACACGGAUCAGCGGCUCGCAAGAUCCGGACAUCCGACGUGGGUGUUGUAGGACGGCCUCUCAGUACUGCUUCAAUAUAUUUCUGUGAAGGCUAUAGGGGUGGUGAUUACCAACCACAGCCUCAAGAACUGGAUGAGCACGGAGAAACAGAGACAAGUCAACAGCCAAGUGCCCAGCUGGCUAAACUUAUCCAGCAGCAAUCAAACAAAGCCGCUUCUCUGUUGAUUAAUGCGGAAGGAAGGGCAACACCAGAGGUAUCAGGCUCUUCAUACUCCGACCAAACGAACUCGGACGCUUCCCCUUUCAGCCGCACACCAAGAAGUGGUGGCAGUACCGGUAGUAUAAUAAAGAAGAAUGGGGGCAGCGGUACCAGCGCCAUCAGCAGUAGUGAUGGUAGCGGACACCUGGAGACGAACGCAUCGAUCCACCAGACUUCAAACAGUCUCCGGACUCGGACGAGGCCAUCAAAACAAUCACACUCUUCAUCUCUUGCAUCAUCAUCGGCAACUGCAAGAGCAGCAGACUCUCGACAGAACAGGGGCAGAACGAUUCCAAAACAACCAUCGCCUCCUCCCCCGCGUCCCCCUAUUCCUGGCACCACUCCCUCCCAAGAGCACCUGUCUAGCACAACAAGCCUAAGCAGGACUUCAUCCAUGACCACGCGCAUAGCAAGCCCUGCCGACUUUGACGCCAUGGAGUUUGGUCUUAUUGACACUGCGCGGAGGGGAGGUUGCAAACAAAGAAGCGGAAGGGGAACAGGGUAUGAUGGCCACAGUGACGACGAUCCUCGAGACACCGAGUCCUAUGGUAUGGACCUUGGCUUCACAACGCAGACAUUACCGUCUCGAAAUAACCGACAGAGUGAACUACAAAAUGGUUCUGGAGAAUUCCUUGGCAUCGACCGUGUUCGUCAGGUUGCAGGCAGUGUGAAUGGACCGAACAAUUUUAGGGGUAGAGUAGCGGCAGCAGCAGCCAGAUACGAGAAUGGAGGAGGUGCAGGAGGAAGUCUGAAUAACAGGGUAGGUGGGAUGACGAUGGGUACCAGUGGUGGUAGUUGGAGGCAGAGGGGAGAUCAGGGGAGAGGGGCGAGAGGAGUUGAAAGGGGAGAAAGAGCGGGGGAAAGGAAGGAAAAGGAGAAGGAGAAGCAGUCAGGACGUUGGGCAUGGCCGAGUUGGUGGUUAUGAAUAGAUAGGUGGGUUUUGGUUGAAGGGAAACAUGCAUACCUACAUCGUAGAAAGUGAAUUGAUUUUGUAAUGUCUAAGAAGGAACCCCAUGACUUGUUAUA